ACAUCCGGGUUCUUAGGCUUCACGCUCCUCUCGCCGGCUGGUGUUUCUCCGGGCUGACUGGCUGUUGGCUGUUCCCGCUGUUCCAGCGUCGGAAGAGCCGGUGGGUCCGCGGGUUUGAACUUCUUGUCCUGGAAGCUGUGCAUCACCAUAAUGAGGCUUGUAAUUCUUGAUAACUAUGACUUGGCUAGUGAAUGGGCAGCCAAAUACAUCUGUAAUCGCAUCAUUCAAUUCAGACCUGGACAGGACAGAUAUUUUACACUGGGUUUGCCAACAGGGAGUACACCUUUAGGAUGUUAUAAAAAACUAAUAGAAUAUCACAAGAAUGGAGACCUUUCUUUUAAAUAUGUGAAGACCUUUAACAUGGAUGAGUAUGUAGGACUUCCCAGAAAUCAUCCUGAAAGCUACCAUUCUUACAUGUGGAAUAACUUUUUUAAGCAUAUUGAUAUAGAUCCUAAUAAUGCUCAUAUCCUUGAUGGGAAUGCUACAGAUUUACAAGCAGAAUGUGAUGCAUUUGAAAAGAAAAUAAAAGAAGCUGGAGGAAUUGAUCUUUUUGUUGGAGGAAUUGGUCCAGAUGGUCAUAUUGCUUUCAAUGAGCCAGGAUCCAGUUUAGUAUCAAGGACAAGAGUAAAGACUCUAGCAAUGGACACCAUUUUGGCAAAUGCUAAAUAUUUUGAUGGAGAUUUAUCAAAAGUGCCAACUAUGGCUCUAACAGUUGGUGUGGGGACAGUGAUGGAUGCUAGAGAAGUAAUGAUCCUCAUAACAGGUGCACACAAGGCAUUUGCUCUCUACAAAGCAAUAGAAGAAGGAGUCAAUCACAUGUGGACUGUUUCAGCUUUCCAGCAACAUCCCCGAACUAUUUUUGUAUGUGAUGAAGAUGCUACUUUAGAAUUAAGAGUUAAAACUGUGAAAUACUUUAAAGGUUUAAUGCAUGUGCACAAUAAACUUGUGGAUCCACUGUACAGUAUGAAAGAAGCAAAUUGAAGGAGACUGGAUCAAAAUUCUGCUUGAAUGAACAGAACACUUUUAUACAUAGAUAAUUUUCAGCUAUGCAAUAUGAUAAAACUUGGGGAAUUUUUGAAUAUUGUCAUUUUUGAAGUCUAAUAUCUAUAUGUUAAACAUUCCAUAUUUACAAUGUGUCCAUUUUAUACUAGGGUUUAGACGUAAUUGGCUCUCACAGUUGAUCAGCUAGUUGUUACAGAAGCCACAGUCACUCUAUAACAUAGCACAGAAAUGAAAUGUCUGCCUGUUUACAAAUUUUAAGUCAUUUUAAAGGCGACAAUUCUGUACAUAAAGUACCAUUUAUAUGACUCUAGUGGCAUUAUUAGAUUUUAAUUUUUUAAUCACAGGAAGACACUCCAAGCCUUUCAGGUAUCAAACCACUAUCAUUGCAAGCCUUUACUUCCGGAAUGCUAUCUUUAUAUUCUCUUUGCACAAGCUUUCUGCACGUGGUUGCCUUAGUCAUCUUCCUGCAGUAGCAUCUGGACAUCAAAAGUCCUGCUAUAGGGCUUCCCUGGUGGCGCAGUGGUUGAGAAUCUGCCUGCCAAUGCAGGGGACACGGGUUCGAGCCCUGGUCUGGGAAGAUCCCACAUGCCGCGGAGCAACUGGGCCCGUGAGCCACAAUUGCUGAGCCUGCGUGUCUGGAGCCUGUGCUCCGCAACAAGAGAGGCCGCGAUGGUGAGAGGCCCGCGCACCGCGAUGAAGAGUGGUCCCCACUUGCCGCAACUAGAGAAAGCCCUCGCACAGAAAUGAAGACCCAACACAGCCAAAAAUAAAUAAAUAAAUAAAGAACGUGAAUUUCUUAAAAAAGUCCUGCUAUAUAUUGUUGGUACAGAAAAUUUGAAGAGACGGCAGUGCCUAAAAGUACAGUUUACGUCCUUUUGGAAAAUAUGUAUAAGUGCAUGUUUUUUGUGCACCACCUUCUGUAGCACUUUUUUAAACAAAUGUGCUCUUAUUUUUAUUUAAUGACUUGGGUUCAUGCACUUAAUUUAAGUAUUUUGGCAAUCAGAAGCUUUAUACCUAGCAACACACUUAAGGAAAUUUUUUUUGAAGAAAAUUUUCUGAUUAUCGUUCAACUUCAUAAAUGAUUAGCUUUAUUCCUUACAUAUAUAAUGUCUAAAAGGAUCAUAUGAUGAAGUAUAAAAGAAAUUACUGUAAACUGUUUUAG